UUAAUGCUGUACGUGUGUGACACGGUGACGGUACCGAGCGAGUUUUCGGACACAAUCUGCUUGCGCGCGCUUUCACCCUGUAAUCGCUAAGGACCUCCACUUCAUUUCCACUCGGGUGGUGGUGGGUUGUGGAGGGAGGUGAAGCAUUUUCCGCGGGAACAAGGAAUGGAGCGUGAUGCUCCCCGAGACGCCAAAUGGCGAAUGACGUCGCAGAGGGCUGAACAAAAAACGGAAAGUUCCAGUAUAAUUGUUAUUGUCAACAGUCGUUGUAACAGUGUCAUAUAAACCUGUGGUGUAUGUUAUAAUCGGAGCCGAAAAAAGGGGGGUUCCGUUUCUGGCCCAGAGAGACCGCACACGAAUGAAGCUCCCUGUCUGGUGCUGCUAAAGUUGAGCUAAAAAGUAAACAAAGUAAAACAAGCAGCACACCGCCGCCUCCUGGGAUAUUUAAUUCAAUCAAUUCGGUGGUGCCACAACAGAUGAACGAACGAUGACGGAGUUUUGUGACGACGUUAUCAAGCUGUUUCCGCUGCGUGCGAUUCCGGAUGUGAUAAAAUUGUUCCGCCAACAGCUGAACAAUCGCGAGGAAGAACCUGACCUAACGCUGCUGUCGAUCGUGACCGGCUUGAUUGAGCAUUCGCUCACGACAAAGGUGCUGGAAUCGAGCUCUUCGUCGGCGUCCUCGCACACCAACAAUAACAACAACAAUGUCGAGGGAGGAAAGAACGCCUCGUCCGACCCGGCAGGAAACUUUCCCAUCAUUCGGUACGACACCGUGGAAGGGUUGUACAAGCGCUUCAAAUCCGUGCUGGCCCCGAUCGAAAAGUUGCUGGUGAAAACGACGACCGAUUCCAAGUUUGCCAGUCGGGAAAUUAUCAAGAAAGUGUCCGACAUUAUAUGGAACUCUCUACUUCGCAGUUCGUACAAGGAUCGGGCCCAUUUGCAGAGCCUUUAUAGCUAUCUGUGCGGUAACAAGCUGGACUGCUUCGGUGUUGCAUUUGCUGUUGUAGCCGGAUGUCAGAUGCUGGGCUACCGAGAUGUUCAUUUGGCCAUCUCCGAGGACCACGUGUGGGUCGUGUUUGGCAAGACGGGUGACGAAACAAUCGAGGUAACGUGGCACGGCAAGGGAGCGGAGGAUAAACGCGGCCAGUCCGUUGCUCCGGGCAUUGAAUCGCAAACGUGGCUGUACGUGGCGGGCCAUCCAGUCGUCUGCAAUCGAUACAUGGAGGUGGCAGCGAUUGUGUCCGCGAUUAAUCCCUCUUUGACGGCUACCAGCGCAUGUUUGGAGGUGGCCGAUUUGCAGCAACAGCUGCUCUGGUUGCUGCACGAUAUGGGGCAUUUGAAGAAGUACCCGAUGGCACUUGGCUGUCUAGGUGAGCUGGAAGAGGUCGAGCCAACAUCGGGCAGGAAAAGCUGCGAGGAACUGUACAAUGAGUCGGUGCGAUCGGCACAAACGUUCUACCGGAACCAUCAUGUGUAUCCGUACACGUACCAGGGAGGGUACUACUACCGGAAGAAUAUGUAUCGAGAAGCGUUCGCUUCCUGGGCGGAUAGUAGCGAUGUUAUUCGGCUGUACAAUUACUCGCGAGAUGAUGAAGAAAUAUAUAAAGAAUUCCUCGAUAUUGCCAACGAGCUGAUCCCGCAGGUGAUGAAGCUAGAAAGCUCUGGCCAUUCGGCCAAAAGCAUCCUUCGCGAUUCAUUCUGCUUUGCCAACCUGUUGCGUUUCUACGACGGCAUAUGCAAGUGGGAGGAAGGCAGCCAAACGCCUAUCCUACACAUCGGUUGGGCUAAACCGCUAGUGGCUACAAUCGCAAAGUUCGAUCACGACAUACGAUCGCAGGUGGUCAUUAAAUGUGCCGACCAGGAACCACAAGCACAAACCGGGCAACAGCAUGGACAGGAGAAUGGUGGUGGCAAAAACGGAGCAGACGAUACGGUCCAUCAUCAUCACAACAAUAACAACAUCGCGAAAGCUGACGCCAACGUCACGAAUGGUGGUCGUACAAAUGGUAGUUCCUCCGUAAAAGGUAGUUCGCUACCGAAAUCACUUGAGGCACUCGUUGGCAAAUGUGGCGAAAAGCUGCUGAAUCCCGAAUUUCUACUGCAAGGUGGCGGACAACCGUUCACGACGGAAGAAAGUGCUGAACCUUCGUCUGAUGGGGAGGGUAUUGCUACGACUGUAGACCCCGACACACUCACAAGCAACGGAAAGCGUGAAGAGGGUGUUAUAAAGGGAGAGCUAGAUGCGGAAGCUGAAAAAUGUGCACAGAUCGAUAAGCGAAACACGAAUGUGGAUGACACGGAGCCGAAACGACCCAUCAUUGUGUUGUACAGUCAAAAGAUGAAAGGUUUGAAGGAUCUGUUGCUGACGGAGAAGUUGAACACAAAUGCGAUCUCGCUUCAAAUUACGGCUCAGAGCCAAGUGCAGGUAGGUGGCAAGAAGCUGCGGGGAUGUCAGAUAUCGCUCGGUGGCGGCGGUUCGAUAGGGAACACUGGUGGAGCAAUAACCAUCAACGAGGGUAUCGAUGGCAAUACCCGACCGAAACGGGCGCGCAGAGAAUAGAAGCCUGUACGGCAACCGGGAAGAUAUACUUUGGAGAGGGAGAUUUGUAGUGGCGUAAGUUUUAAGUCAAUCUAAUUUAUUAUCCUUUUUUUAUCUGUAGGGCGCCAAUCAAAAUGGUUCACUUUACGCGUAUUUUAAUUAAAUGAGCACUGCUUUCUUCCUACAGUCUCCAGUGUUUUGGGGAAAGGAGAAAAUUCCUUAUAUUGUCGAGAAACUAUACAGCCAUUCCAUUCACUCAAAACGAUCGAUUCUAGUCGGAACACGUUAGUUUUGAUCUAUUUAUAAACCCUGUUUGUUUGGUUACUUUAAUAUUAUCUGUUAUCUGAUUGGGAAUGACACUUUUUAUUUCUUUCCUUUUGAUCGGUGCUAGAAGAAUAAUCAGCAGCACCGUUUUGCGUGCGCCACCUUUUUCUCCAAUCGUUUCUUGUAGCAUUAAAUGCACAUAAAAGGGUGUAAAAGCUUUUUACACUCAAUAAGCGACUUCUUCAUCUUAUGUCCUGUACAUGUAACGUGUUUAUUUAAAUUAUUUAACCCUAUUUGCACCUGAUAUGUAUGUAUAACGUCUGGCUAGUAUUGCUUUUUUAUGUGAUUAUUUCCAAUCUGUUUGUUGUUAAAAAUUAUAAUCUUUCUCCCGUUCGCUGGUGUCGUGAUAUAAGUGUAUGAUAGUGUCCGCCAGGCUCUAUUCAAUCGAAAAUUUUAUUUUAAUAAUACGUUUUUGCAUUGUUGUGGUUGAUGGAUAUGUUGCAUAAGAGGGAACAUUUUAUGUUGUGUUUUUUGUGCCGCUAGUAUGUAAAUGAUGGAAAAUUUAGAAGCAUGUCGUUUUCUGCCACGUUUUUAAUUGCUCCGGGUUGGAAUGCCUAUGAGGCAAUAGCACGAAAGCAUAAGAAGAUGGAUCUUGUAAGGCGGGAGUUUGUAGUGUGUAAGAGAUAGAGCAUCAACAAUCAAACAAUUUUUGCCACUCGCUAUGCAAUAGUACGUAAUCAAAAUAUGUUUUGUAAAUAUUUCGUAUAGUUUAUCUGAAGCUAGACAACGUAACUUAUUAUCCAUCAUAUCGACUUGCAUUCUUCCCGCGUAACAUCCGUGCUUAACGAGGGGGAUCGAAGCAUUUAAGUUUUUAGCCGCGCCUGUUAUACGUUUCGCUUUGUUUUGGGGCUUGUUAGUUGGAAAAAUUUUAUACAAAAUCAGUCAAAUGAAGAAAAAAGAAACGAAGAAGAAAGAAAGAAAUUUUCACUUCCCUAGGAAGUUGACAAAACGUCCUGUUAGACGUUUUUCUUUUUGCUGUGUCGUUUGAAUCCACCUCUAAAUGGUGUGAGAGAUAAUAUUGGCAAAGCCAAUUAAGUAAAAAAAGAAACUUAUGAAGUACGGUGCAUUAACGAAUGAAAUUAUGAGAUCUAUUAUUUUUUCUUGGGAUAUGGAUAAAGUUGCGGUGAGGUGGCUUAAAUUCGCUGCAUAAAGGAUUAUAGUUAUGUUACAAUAUAAGAUGAGCUAAUGGGUCUUAUUAUAAGCGUAGGAGACGAUAUGAAAGUAUGUAAUAGUUUUAAAUAGGCACAAGCUUACAAAAUGAUACACAUAACUUGUGGUUAUUUUUGUUGCUAUCGAUUAUGCUUAUCAACAUGAAUCGUGCUACGUGGCACGAUGGGUGGCAGAAAGCUGAAAGAGCAAUACCUUCGAGAAGAUAUAACACGUAGCUCAAAAGAUUCCUUUGUCACGGAAAAGUAAACCAAUCUUCUAAAGUUGUGUUUUUCUGGGAUAAAAAGUCUGCUGGAAAUUAGGAAUGCCAGCGUCGUACAGAACUAAAAUCGGUAAUAGAAGGAAGAUCUGUGAAACCGAUAACAAUUAAGGAGCGAAAUUGAGAGGAAACACGGUUGAUGCUGCUGCUAGCAACAAAACAAAAAAUCGAAAAUUGAAAGUACAAACAUCACUAUAACAACAACAAACACCCAUAUUAGAGAAUAAUACUGCGCUCACGCAUUAAUUCCCUUUUCCUAGCCGGUAGUUCGAAUCAAUACAACACACGAUUGAAACAAUUCCAUUUAUUGUUCCGUAAGUAACGUAACAAAUCUUUAAAAGAGGAAACAAACAAAUCAGUAGCAAAAUUUUCUUCAUUGAUCAUAGAAAACAAAACGCUCUCCAGUACCUUUUGCGAUGUGGCGCGGGUAUAUUAUAGGCAAAAAAUUAAUUUGAUCUUUACUAAAUUAAGACAACUAUUGAAAAAAAACAUACAAAAUUAAACAAAUCAGGAAUCUAACCACAAAAGGUACAACAAAAUUUCUAUACCAAGCAGCGGCCAUGUGUGUUGCUGCCCCACCUUUGGGAUGCCUUUUCUUCGUUUUUCGAUGGCUUAGGUUUUUUAUAGGACUGCCAGUUUUGAGUGGUCAAACUGCAUCACAGCGCAGCAGCGUACAUGUAUUCUCCUUAUAAAGUCAAAUAAGAAUACCAAAAAAAAAAUAUUGUAACCUUACUAUCAUCAUUACCCCUUUAAUCGAAAUCGAUCGCACUGAACGAACGAGAGUGAGUGAGCAAAACAAAAAAAAAAAGGUGUUGUCAGAACGGACUGAGCUACAUUGUUUUUGAUAAGGUGUAUUUAUUACAUUACCGUUACAAAAAAACGGACGAAUGGUGAAGAAGCAAAAUAGGGACGCGUGGAUCUAUCAAACAUGACUGAUGCGAACCUGAGCGUGAUGGAAAGUGAACAGUUUGUGGUAGAAACGAGUAGGGCACGUUGGGCAAGGUAUAAUCAUGUCUAGUGCGUGCUAUUGUAGAACGCAAAACAGAAACCAAUAGCUGCUAGUUUAACGAUAUCAAAAUCCGAUUCGUACGGGAUCGGUCCCAAAACAGUAAAAAAGCGCCAAUCUAAUAGAGCGAACGGAAAAUACUUUUAAAUGAAGAGAGGCUUACCACUUCCUUCGGUGCUGUUGGGACACUCAUAGUUGUUUGCGUUCAUUUUCCUAUCUAAUCGUUGUUGAUUGUUUUGUAUUCAUCGUAAUCAUGGCCAAAUGGUACAAUGUUGAAAUAGCUAGACAAAAAAAAUAUUAAUAAGAAUUUCCAUUGAAAAAUGGCAUUGGGAAGCUGAAAAAUUCAUAACAUUAUUAUAUGAACGCCAUAUUUUAGUUCCGAACGAGCAUGUAGGUUCCUUAGCAUGAGAUGAUCCAUUAUUGUCUUACGUAUAAAUGGUUGGUUAUCAGAAGCAUUACAAACGCUAAUAGAAGGCAAGUACCGAACAAGACACGUAGUAAACAAUAUUGCAUUAAACAUCAUAUAUUUUAGUUGCUGCAAUCGUGUAAAAAUAGAGUCCAGCGCAAUUGAAUACAAUAUUCCGUAAAUGAAUACAAUGAUACUAGCAAAUGCAUUAAUCUUUACAAUCCCCGGCACCAUUAUGGAAUAGAAUAUCGUAGAUGUACAACUUGCAUGGAGCUAGUUUUGUAUUAAUUCCGUUUCCUGUUUACUUUUUACAUUCCUUUGCACAAAUACAAUGCACUAACGGCAAUACAACGGAUAACACAAGAACGCACAGAAUAGAAAAUCGAGAGAGAUGCAGAGAAGAACAUUGCUAAUUGCUAGAUUGUUGCUGUGCCAUUUGUUUAUAAUUAUUCCCAUUAGUAUCGUUUUUUGUAAGAUCAACUCUGGAACGUAUACCGCAAACAUAAAACUCAGUUAAACAUUGUUUACCGGGCAAUUAAUAUGUAUCCUGUCACUCAAGUGGUAAAUGGGUGCAGAUCACACAUAACUAAACUGCACUAGAAAAGCGUAAUGUUUAUCGGUAAAGUUGUCCUUUAUUUGAUGCUCUUACCCACGGGUUCAGAGCAUAAAUUCAUUGUCAGAUAUAAAUCACAAUUCAAUGUUGUUAGUUUUCUCGUUCCCGCGGUGGAAUAUAACCGCUGUAUGUAAUGCAGCCAGAUCCUCAGCUUCAGCACACAUAUGGGUCCUUUUGAUCGUGCAUCACAUACAUGGGAUUCGUGAAUACACAUCACAUAUAAAUGAACGAUCACGUAGCGUUACCAUACUAAGUGCAUGGUAAGACAGGAUGUGGCUGUUCGAGACAGCCAAAACACAAGAAGAAAGAAGCAACAAAAGGACUCUCUAGGGUCUAGAUGUGUGUGGCAUAGGUGAAGAUGUAACAUUAGUAGGAUAAAUAGAGGCUCUAGUUCUUGAUUGUUUCAUGUUGUGUAGAGUGUACACUGAUUAGCGAAGCAUUACAAUGUGCGUAGUGUGGAGAACAUUAGUAACAGGGAAGGGGAGAGAAAAAAGCUUGUUUUUUAGGUUAAAAUUUGGUUUUCAUUGUGUUUUGAUCUAAAUUAUUCUGUUGUUUCUCCAAAGCGAAUGCGAUUAAAAUUAUGCGGGAAAGUGGGUUUAGUCAACUUCGCCAGUUAUGGUUAUUGGUAUUUGCACAUUUCGUUAACGUGUUCCUUAAAAAAAAGGGUAUAUAUGCCCAAUUUAUGUAUGCUAUCAACUGACGAUUCAUGCGUCCCUUAUUAUUGGUAUCGAAACAAAUGGGGAAGCUGAGAAAAAAUGCUAUUCGUAUUCGCUUGUUAAUAUUGCAAAGAUUGCAGUUUGCCGAAGCGUUUUAACGCUCGUUUUUUGCCUGUAGAAGGUCUGUGAUUGGUGAUGAUAAUGAAAAGCAUUAUAUAGGAAGUAAUCGGUGUUUCGCCACAUCUGUGUGUGGAGUAGCGUUGUGCUGCUUGAAAUUUACGAUCGGAACUGAUGUUGCAAACAGUGCAGUUCAUUAUAAAAGUCAAACCAUUCUACACGAUUGACACAAUAUGAAACUGAGGAGAUGGAACAAAACAAAAGCAAAAACCCCACAAUCGGCCACAGGAGUACAUAUUAAACACAUUUUCAACCUAUAUGGUAAAUUAAUUCCAAAAAAAGGGAAACUUUAAACAUAAGCAACAACAAAAGGUGUCAUACAAUGUAAUUGGCAUACAACACGGAUAAACAAUAAUAUGCAAAAUCAUGUAUAAAACAUUUAUAUAUUUUUGAGAAAAUAUUCAUAUACUUAUACAUAAAGACAUGGAAACGAAAAAGGAAAAAAGAUAAAAAAGCAUCUAAAUCAGAACCAUGAAACAUAAGAAAAAGCGCGUUAAUGCGAGGGACAAAUUGAAGUUACAUUGGCAUAAUUCAACCUUUUCAGCUUUUCCGUAAAACUUGUUCCCAUACUUCUUCAAUAAACAGAUCAAAUAAUGGUAUGAAUGUUACAACACUUAAACGAGGUAAGGGGUAUUUUUGUUUCUGUUGUGAGUAUGCUACAAGCACCAAAUGCAAUGAAAUAGUAUGAAUAAUACCAACUACAUUAGAAAUACAUUGUUACACACUGUGCUCCAGUUUCUUUUAUCCAAACUAAUGCAAAAGUAUAUAACAACCACACCGGCACUAUCUUUGAUUAAUCAGCAAGCAUAUAUAAGGCAGAAAAAACAGAAGAAAACAUGCAAGAAAAACACAAAAAUGAAACAUUUGGUGUCGAGAAGUGAAAGUUCUCCAUCCUUUAUAUUGUAGCUGUAGCUGAAACAUGUAAAGAACACAACAAAAUAGAGAACUGUGAAAGUGGAGAAAAAACACGUACACAAUAAACCUAUAUAUACCUUGUAAGCGAAGAGAAACA